ACUCUGCUCUCGAGACAUUAAGUAUACGCUUUUGUAGGCGUGAAUUACCCAUCGAUUGUGCACUCGGUCGCUAUGCUACGACUUGGAAGGACCUCGCUAGGAUACUCAAGGAGAUUCUAUCGAGUGUUGGCGAUAGAAAGCUCGUGUGAUGAUACGUGUGUUGCCCUCCUCGAGAGACCUUCGGAGAAGGAAGUGUACUUGGUGGAGCAUCUCAAAUCCACGUUGAAUUCAGUUAAGGAGGGUGGUAUCAUACCCACACGGGCAUUUGACCAUCACCAGGCAUCUAUUGCGACACUGACGCAGCAGAUCAUCAAGUCUCAUGGACUACACUCAAAUCCCCCGGAUUUGAUCUGUGUAACGAGAGGCCCGGGCAUGAAGGGAUCUCUGAGCAUUGGCCUCGAUUUUGCAAAGGGACUAAGCGUUGCAUGGGCAAAACCAACGGUUGGUGUUCAUCAUAUGCUGGGACAUCUACUGACGCCGAGAUUUGAGACCUUUAACACCUCUUCUGGGCCUAAGUUUCCCUUUUUGACCCUUUUAAUAAGCGGUGGCCACACGAUGCUUGUACUGUCAAAGGGUAUAUUGGAACAUGAGAUACUGUGCGAUACCAUUGACGUUGCCUGCGGUGAUGCCCUUGAUAAAUGUGCAAGGUCUUUGGGAUUGAGAGGGAACAACUUGGGUAAGGAGUUGGAAACAUAUGUUCAGUCAACACAGGAUCACUGGUUUAACCAUACGUUUAACGAUAUCCCUAAACCACUCUACAACAAGAGAGGCAGAGUUGAUCAACUGGCAUUUGCAUUUGGCGCAUUCCAAGGAUAUGUGAAUAAACAAGUCGCAUCACCACAGUUCCAAGACUCUCAUAGACCAAGUUUAGCGUACCAGAUUCAAAAGGGAAUAUUUGACCAUAUCUUGAACAAGAUUGAAUUGACAUUGUCAAAGAACCAGGAUAAAUUACAAGGCUGUAAAGACUUUGUUGGAUCUGGUGGUGUUGCAUCCAAUAUGGCUUUGAGACAAUCAUUGGAUAAUUAUUUCCAUAGCAAAAACUUUAACACACACUACCCUUCACUUGGGUUAUGUACUGAUAAUGCAGUUAUGAUUGGAUGGGCAGGUAUCGAAUUGUACGAGAGUGGAUUAACAACUGAGCUGGAAGUCUGUCCUAUAAGCAAAUGGCCGUUAUCUGAGAUUGAAAGUGUAUCGGGUUGGAUAAAGAACAAGUAAAAGAAAGUGUAUAUACGUAUGAUUUUUAAAGGACAACUCCAUCUUCUUGUCGUGUUGGUAUGAAUGACUCUGUUA